AGUUUCCCAGAAGUUUCCAAGAAAAGUCUUCAUCUUCUUGAUUACUCAUCUGCCUCUCAAUAUUUCGAUAUUGACCCGUCGGUGUAUAAUCAUCUCUCCUCUGUUUUAUCUCUCUCUCUCUAGCUCUCACCAGAUCUCCAACAACUCGCCAUGGAUCUCCAGCCAGAAGAGCUCCAGUUCUUGACGAUUCCUCAGCUCCUCCAAGAAUCCAUCUCAAUCAAGAAACGAUCUCCAAGAACCUUCUACCUCAUCACCUUAUCCCUCAUCUUCCCUCUCUCCUUCGCCAUCCUCGCUCACUCCCUCUUCACCCAGCCUCUUCUCGCCAAGCUCGACACCUCCGACCCUCCUAACUCGGAUCGUUCCCGUCACGACUGGACCAAGCUCCUCAUCUUCCAGUUCAGCUACCUCAUCUUCCUCUUCGCCUUCUCUCUCCUCUCAACCGCCGCCGUGGUCUUCACCGUCGCUUCUCUCUACACCGGGAAGCCAGUCUCCUUCUCCUCCACCAUCUCCGCCAUCCCCAAAGUCUUUAAACGACUCUUGAUCACUUUCCUCUGGGUUGCUCUCUUGAUGUUCGCUUACAACGCCGUCUUCUUUGUCUUCCUGGUGAUCCUCUUCGUCGCUCUGGACAUGAACAGCGUAGGCUUAGCGGUUAUUGCCGGACUGUUGAUCGCUGUUCUGUACUUCGGUGUUCAUGUCUAUUUCACUGCGUUGUGGCAUCUAGGUAGCGUGAUCUCUGUUCUUGAGCCUGUUUAUGGACUCGCUGCCAUGAGAAAAGCUUAUGAGCUUCUCAAAGGGAAGGUUAAGAUGGCUAUGGGGUUGGUCUUUGUUUACCUUUUGCUCUGUGGGUUGAUUGGAGUUACUUUUGGAUCGAUUGUGGUUCAUGGUGGAGGGAAGUAUGGGACUUUGACUAGGACUCUUGUUGGUGGUUUGCUUGUUGGUUUUCUUGUGGUGGUGAAUCUUGUGGGUUUGUUGGUUCAGAGUGUGUUUUAUUAUGUUUGCAAGAGUUAUCAUCAUCAGGCGAUUGAUAAGACGGCUUUGUAUGAUCAUCUUGGUGGCUAUCUUGGUGAUUAUGUGCCUCUUAAGAGCAACAUUCAGUUGGAGAAUUUAGACAUUUGAAGCAUAAGAGAUUCUGGUACUGUUUCUUCAUAUCUUUUCCGUCUCUUUUAUAAGCUAUGUAAGAUUGGCGAGGAAGGAGAAGAAGUAGAGAUGUCGAAUCUGAAUGAAGUAUUAGUAAUGUAAUGUAAUGUUUAUGUACAGACUCAGCACUCUUUGUUAGUGUUUUGAUUUGGUUAAUCCAUGAUUUUAAGGAUA